UAUUCCAGGUUUCUGCUACGGACCCAGACUGUGGAGUGAAUGCUAUGGUGAACUACACCAUCGGAGGUGAUGGAGGUGCAAUGAUCCGACCAGCUGAGUUCAAGGUCAAAUCCGAUACAGGAGAUAUAUGCAUCAGUUCGCCAUUGGACUAUGAAACAAGAAGUGUCUAUGAGUUUCCUGUUACAGCAACUGAUAGAGGAGGUCUAAGCACCACGGCAAUAGUGAAAAUCCAAGUAACUGACGUGAACGACAAUCGCCCCACCUUCUACCCUACCGAGUAUAACGUCUCUCUCAGAGAAGGCGGAGCCUCAUCCUCCGCGACCGCCCCUGUUGUGGUUGUGGCUGCAACAGAUCCGGACUCAGGACGUUUCGGUACCGUCACCUAUAAAAUAGUAGCUGGAAACGACGCUGGUCUCUUCCGUAUUGACAAAAACACUGGAGAGAUCUUCGUGAGCAGACCGAGUUUGUUGUCUUCCAGGAGUCAGCCUUACCAUCGAUUGAAUAUCAGUGCUACAGAUGGAGGAAACUUGAGGUCGACCAAGGACGCUCAGGUGUUCAUCAGCGUAAUAGAUUCUGCGCAAAGGCCACCUAUUUUCGAACACCCCCGGUAUACGUUCUCUGUUAGCGAGAAUGUUAGAAAGGAUACUGUAGUGGGGAGUGUUAAAGCAGCCAUAUUGGAAAAUGGUCACCGAAGUCAAGUGAGGUACUCAAUCUACUCAGGAGAUCCAGAUGGGUAUUUCACUAUCGACACGAUAACGGGAGCUAUAAGAACAGCGACAGCUCUGGAUCAUGAAACAAGAGCAUCAGUUCUACUCAACAUCCAGGCCUACAGUGGAGAUCCACCAGUCUACGGACACACACAGGUUUACAUCGAAAUAGAAGACGUCAACGACAACCCACCACAGUACGAAUCAUCCACAGUCCGGAUCUCAGUACCUGAAAACGUUGAAGUAGGGGCACCUCUCUACUCAGCUCAUGUUACCGACCUGGACAGCGGUUCUAAUGGAGUUGUGCGUUACAAGCUCACCAAUAACCCUCAAGGGUUAUUCAAGGUGGAUUCCAAAUCAGGAGAUCUCACCUUAUCAAGAAAGUUGGACUAUGAAACAGCGCAACGGCAUAAUCUGGUCAUCACUGCUACUGAUGCUGGAACUCCAGCAUUAUCUGCUAACCUCACUGUGCUGGUUGAGGUCCAAGACAUUAAUGAUAAUGCUCCGGUAUUUGAGAGGAAGGAGUAUUCCUUGAGCGUGAUUGAGUCUUUGCCAGUGAAUUCGCAGAUCCUCCAGUUGACAGCUAUCGACGCAGAUACAGGAAACAAUGCCAGAAUUACAUACAAACUACUUCCAUCCAAUAAUUCUGACGAUUCUGAUAUAAAGGAAAUCUUUGGUGUUUUCCCGAACAGCGGAUGGCUCUAUCUGAAAGGAUCUCUGGAUAGAGAAACUAGGUCUCAAUACGUUCUACAUGUAGCAGCUACAGAUAAUGGAACACCUUCUGAAUCUGCGACCACCAAGGUUUACAUUGAGGUUCUGGAUGCAAAUGACAAUGAUCCUGUGUUCUUCAAGGACUCUUAUGAAUUCGUCAUUGAAGAAAACCUUCCCCAAGGUUCUCAUGCGGGAAAACUACAAGCCAGGGAUGCUGAUAUUGGGGUCAAUGCCAUGAUAAGAUACAGUUUUGUUACCACCAAUACUAGCUUCAACAUCAAUCCUGUAACAGGCGAGAUUACCACAAAGGUAAUGCUAGACCGCGAAGAAAAGCAAGUCCACGACCUAGUAGCUGAAUCCAGAGACCAAGGCACCCCAUCACGCAGCACUAGAGUGGCUGUGAAGAUCUUCGUCUCUGACGUUAACGACAAUGCUCCAAAGAUCGUGGACCCUCAAGAAGACGUGGUGAGUGUCAGGGAAGAACAACCACCAGGGACUGAAAUAGUGAGGAUCAAAGCUGUGGAUGCAGACAAUGGGAACAAUGCUUCCAUUACUUAUUCGAUCGUACACAACAGGGACUCGGACAGCAAUGGGGUCUUCAGUAUUGAUCCAGUUACUGGGGUAGUGAAGACCAGAGUGGUGCUUGAUCACGAGGAGAAGACCAUUUAUCGACUGGUUAUAGCUGCUACUGAUGGUGGACAUCCGCCAAAAAAGGUUCUCCACAUGCUGAGAGUGGAAGUCCUGGACCUAAACGACAACCGUCCAACCUUCACCAGUUCAAGUCUGGUGUUUCGUGUCCGGGAAGAUGUGAAGAUUGGCCAGGUCGUCGGCUCAGUAGCCACUAUGGAGCCAGAUAGAGAAAACUCCAUAGCUGGAAGCAGUGGUAGUUACGUCACCUACACCCUCACUUCCCUUAUGUCUGAUGUGAUUGGAGAUGCUUUUGACAUUGACCGCAGCACAGGGUCCUUGGUGGUAGCCAGGGAACUGGACAGAGAAGCUCAAUCCGAGUACCGGUUGCAAGUCAGGGCCUUGGAUACCAGUGCUAUGAACAACCCUCAGAGCAGUGCGAUCACUUUGAGAGUGGAUAUUGCCGAUGCAAAUGAUAAUGCACCCAAGUGGAAAGAAGAUCCUUUGACGAUUACUAUCAAUGAGAAUGCUGAGGUUGGGUCUUCGAUCUACAACCUCAGCGCUACUGAUGCUGAUAGCAGUAGCAAUGGAGAUAUCAGGUACAGCUUGGUAUCCCAAUACCCACCUGGCAAUACUUUCAACGUGGAUUCUCUUACUGGCACUCUGGGACUUUCAUCUUAUCUAGACUUUGAAACAGUUCAAGAGUACACUGUCAUCGUGAAAGCCACCGACCAAUCCUUGAACAUAUCAGAAAGACUAAGCACAUCAUUGACUAUAAGAGUAAUCGUCUCAGACUACAAUGACAACGCUCCAAAAUUCGUGGUUCCCACAACAGCAUUUAUCAGUGAGUCAUUGGUAAUCGGAAAUACCAUUGCAAGGCUGGUGGCCAUUGAUAUGGACAAUGGAGAUAACGGAAGAGUCUCUUACAUAAUCUCUGGAGGAAACGAUGCUGGAAUAUUCUCUUUGGGAUACGAUACAGGGAUAUUGACUCUUGCGAAACCACUGCCCAGUCAAAAGUCGUUCUUUCUUAACAUCACAGCCAAUGACCAUGGGACUCCAACGAAGAAAGCGAAUAUGGAUCUGAAACUGCUGGUUCAGACAGGGUCAAAUACUCCACCGAAGUUUCUUGACUCUCAGUAUAUUGCUAGCGUGUCCGAAGAUGUUUCUGUUGGAGCUGUAGUCACCAAAGUGAAUGUAAAGUCUAAUAUUGCUUCUAACGGUAAUUUGACGUUCAUCAUCCCACCGGGCAUAGCAGAUGAUACAUUUUCCAUCAUUUCUCCUAGUGGAAACAUCAUCACCAAAAAACAACUGGACAGGGAAACAACAGAAAUAUACUUCCUUCCAAUCUACGUAGCAGACCCCACACAUUCAACUACACUCUUCGACAUGAGCAGUCUAGUGAUCAAGGUCACAGAUGUCAAUGACAACCAACCUGCCUUCCAGCCAGAUUCCUGCUAUAGACUGUCCAUUCCUGAAAAUAGUGAAACUGCUGUGGUACAUACAGUGAUCGCCCACGAUGCUGACGCCGGAUUCAAUGGAGAGGUGUCUUACAACAUCAUUGGUGGAAAUGCGGGGAACAAGUUCAGCAUUGAUGGAAAGUCGGGGGAACUUACUGCUAAGUCGUUGGACAGGGAGUCAGUAUUCAGGUACACCUUAACCAUCACAGCUCGAGAUCAUGGCAGUCCAUCAUUACAAAGCAUCUGCAACCUCACCAUCUCCGUAGAAGACCAAAAUGACAACGAUCCAAAAUUCGAUAUCUCCAAAUACUCGAUCAUGAUUCCUGAAGACACUCAAGUGGAUACGUCGGUCUUGAAGGUACACGCUUCGGAUGCUGAUAUUGGAAUCAACGGACGAAUCAUCUACUCCUUGGCCAAUGAGAGUCAUUGGCUCUUUCGGAUUGAUAACAAGACUGGUGUCAUUACCACCACUGGGUUGUUUGAUAGGGAACGACAGUCAUCCUACAGUUUCCUGGUAGUUGCAACGGAUGGAGGCAAAUACAACGCAAGAUCGCACGUUGUUCCUGUAACAGUAAUCUUAACAGAUAUCAAUGACAAUAAGCCCAUCUUCACAAGGUACCCUUUCAGAGAAAAAGUUGUGGCUUACAUACAACCUGGCCAAACUAUCCUUACUGUAUCAGCCAAAGACCAAGAUGAAGGUAUCAAUGCCGAGAUAGUAUAUAGCUUAGUACCUGACGGUAACCAUGACAAGUUUAGGCUUAAUCCUAACACAGGUACCUUAACAGCAACCCAAUCUUUGGCUGGGAGUAUCGGAAAGGUCUUGUAUCUCAAUAUUUUGGCAACGGAUAAAGGAAAUCCUUCCAAAAGCUCAACAGGAUUGGUGGAGAUUGUAGUAGGAGACAUACCACCUGGAUCACCUCAGCUCCAGUUCCAAAAUAGCACGUAUUUGGUUACUGUGCCAGAAAAUACUGAAAGGUUCCGAGAUAUUCUUCAAGUUUCAGCACUUAGAUCUGAUGGAAGAAGGCAGAAGAUCCUUUACUCAUUCGGAACAGGAAAUGAAGAUAACAUCUUCGUCUUGAACUCCAAAACAGGGAUGGUCCAAGUUAGUGAGCCUUCAAAGUUGGACUACGAGCUACACAAGGAACUGCAUUUGGUGGUAGAAGCUAGGACCGAAGGAAACCCGGUACUUCAUGGGUACUGUAAGAUCACAGUGAAGUUGGUGGAUGAAAAUGAUAACUCUCCGAAGUUUACUCAACCACAGUAUACGUCUAGUGUUUGGGAAGGAAAUACCAAAGGAGCUUAUGUGCUGCAAGUUGUCGCAUUUGAUGCUGACGAAGGUGCGAACUCUAGAAUCCUUUACCACAUAGUCGACGGCAACCACGACAACGCCUUCAAGAUCGAACCAGCAUUCAGUGGUACCCUCAAAACCAACAUAGUACUUGACAGAGAGAUAAGAGACACCUACAGACUAACUGUCAUAGCCACAGAUGAAGGCGUGCCACAAAUGACAGGCACUGCGAGGAUCCAGAUUAACGUGGUUGACGUGAACGAUAAUCAACCAACAUUUCCACCUCACAGCAUCAUUACUGUCAAAGAAGAUACUCCAGUUGGUACUGUGUUGACCCUAGCUACUGCUAAUGAUGUUGAUAGUUAUCCUCCUCUAACGUAUUCUUUCUCAAAGGACAAUGCCAAGAAAGAUCUGAGCUAUUUCAAUAUAGACAGGUUCAGUGGGAAAGUGAUCCUAAAGGAAAAACUGGAUUAUGAGUCUUGGGAAGAAUGCAAGAUCAAGAUUGAGGCAUCAGAUUCCGCACACGUUGCUCAAACUACCCUUACGAUCAAGAUCAUGGAUGUGAAUGACAACCCACCUGUGUUUUCGCAGAAGACGUACCAAAUUAACUUACCAGAAGGAGACUCCUCUGCGAUCUCAACCAUAUUAACCUUGAACGCAACAGACGCAGAUACCGAAGAAAAUGCAAACAUCAAGUUCUCUCUUGUCAAUCCACAACCUGGAUUCUUCAUAGAAGAAUCUUCUGGAACGUUGAGAGUCAACAUGUCAAACAUCACUGGACUUACUGAAGAUAUACUACUGACUGUCAAAGCUACUGACAGUGGGUCUCCGUCUUUACACUCCACGGUACCUGUCAGGGUCAAAGUGAAUGGACAAUCUGGUACUGGAGUAACUACAGUCAAUAAGAUGGACUACAAAGUGAACGUGGCAGAAAACACCACCAAAGGCACUACAGUGAUCCACUUGGCCAAACCAUCAGGUCAACAAUUCUCUAUAUUCAGCAUCAUAGAAGGAAACGAGGAUGGCGUGUUUGAAAUCACAAAUCCAUCUGGUGCUUUGAUCCUUGUAAAAACUUUGGAUCGCGAGCUUCAGGAUCACUUUUACCUCAAAAUAUCCUCUGAUAUGUCUUCCUCUUCCAUAAUGCAUGUGAAGGUAUAUGUGGAUGACUCCAAUGAUAAUGCUCCGAUUUUCCAGCAGUCUGAUUAUGAAAAAAGCAUCAGUGAAGGCUCACCUGUCUCAUCAUCUAUAGAGAAAAUAGUUGCUACUGAUGCUGAUAUGGAAGAAACGCUUAAUUCAGAAGUCGGAUAUGACAUAACCUCAGGAAACGAUGAGGGUUGUUUUAGACUGGACUCAAGCACUGGUGUGUUGUACGUGAACAAAACGUUGGAUUACGAUAAAGGACCAACGGAAUACAAUUUGGUGAUCAGAGCUUGCGAUAGAGGGGUCCCAUCUCUUUGCACGCUCACCAACUUUUUGGUGGUGCUUCAUGAUGAAAACGAUAAUUACCCCACGUUCCCUGUCUCUGAGUAUUUGGAGUUUGUUGGUGAAAAUGAGCAAAUUGGUACAGUUGUCUUCACAUCUCAUGCUACUGAUCUGGACAAAGGCUACUACGGAGCGGUCAACUACUCCAUAGUUAACUCUAACAAUAUGGAUAACGCCUGGAAGCAAUUUCAUAUAGACGCUAUGACAGGACUAGUGACAACAGCUGCUGUAUUUGACUAUGAACAGAGAAACAGAUACAGCUUCGUUGUAAGAGCUACAGAUAUUGGAGGAAAAUCUUCAACAGUAAAAGUCAGAAUAGAAAUAGAGGGAAAAGACGAGUUCCACCCUCAAUUCACUGAAAGGACUUACAGAUUCACCAUGCCAACUUCAGUCGCCCUUCCUUUAGGAUACAUCGUUGGUAGGGUAACAGCUACUGAUAGAGAUAAAGGCCCUGAUGGAAGAGUAGUGUACCAACUUACCCCUCAAGACUCGUUCUUCAAAGUUAACCGCACCACAGGAGACAUUCUAUUGAAGAAGAAGUUUGACACCUCUGAGGUAUUGAUCAGUCUGGUGAUCACAGCGAGCUCGGGAAGGCAAGGCUCUUUGUCGAACAUGACCGUUGUGGAGAUUGUAGCUGAUCCACUAGCAGAUCCUGGUACCAAUCUGGCCAUUAAUAGAGAUGGGACAGUUGCUGCGGCGAAUGGAGGUAUUGCAGAUUGGGCUCUGGGAUUGGUGAUCUCUCUCAUACUGUUGAUAAUCACUUUUGGAGCUGUGUUCGUGUUCCUUCAUAUGAGGAACAAGAGGAAUAAGAAAGUCAACAAGCCUAAUUUGGGGCCAGAGACGGUGUCGAGCUCUAAUAACUAUGUGGAUCCGAGUUCCUUUGACACCAUUCCAAUCAGGGGUGGCGUAGCCCAACUUCAAGUAGCUAACAACCAAUUCGCUCCCCCCAAGUACGAUGAGAUCCCUCCCUAUGGUGGAGGACACCCUGCAAGCUCCAACUCAGGAGCUGCAACCACUUCCGAACUUUCUGGGUCCGAGCAAUCAGGGUCCAGCGGUAGAGGUUCUGCUGAAGACGGGGAAGAUGGAGAGGAUGAAGAGAUCAGGAUGAUCAACGAAGGACCUCUUCAAAGGGACUCUGGGAUUCACAGACAAAAUGAUGAAGAAGAUAAUAUGUCCGACAUGUCAGUUCGGAAUACUCAGGAGUACCUUGCUAGGUUAGGAAUAAUCAACAAUAGCAGUGGCAGUAGCCAUCCUCAAAGUAGUACUAGGAUGAGUACCGAUCCCAGAGCAGGGAGCAGUAAGGAGGGAUUACAUCAACACCAAGGUGUUCCUUUAGACAGCCUGAACAUCUUCGACGAAGAAGUGGGCAACGAGAACGACAUCACAAACCUGAUCUACGCCAAGUUGAACGACGUAGCGACCAGCGAUCGCGCCAGUUCGACUGAUGAGUGCGCAGGCGUGAACGGGACCCCCAUGGGACCCCCGAACAUGGAGCACGUAAUGAAUAUGAGCGGGUACUCAGACGUUGUACCACCUGUCACUCAUCAGCCUUCCAUGAACGGUUCGCUGAGCUCCAUCGUGCAUAGCGAGGAGGAGUUAGCAGGUAGUUACAAUUGGGACUACCUGUUGGAUUGGGGGCCACAGUACCAGCCCCUGGCACAUGUGUUCUCUGAGAUUGCAAGACUGAAAGACGAUACAGCGUCUGUACACAGCGGGGCAAGUGGCACGUCAAGUGUGAAGAGUAAAAACUCUGGUGCCAAGAAUGCCCCACCACCACUGAUCACUAGUGUGGCACCCAGGGCAAUCGCAAUGCCAGUUCUAAGUACCAGAGGGGGUGGUGGUGGACACCAAAUGAUGAUGCUGCCUAGAUCCCCCAUAAACCACGACGUAAGUGGCACCUCGUUCAACGCAGCGGCCGCAAUGUCGCCCAGCUUCUCCCCUUCUCUCUCUCCAUUGGCUACCAAGUCGCCGUCGAUAUCACCAAUGGUGACACCCGGUUUGCUCAGCUCCCACCACGCCAUGUCCAGGCAAGGUGGUCAAAAUAGGAACAAAUCAGUUGUGGACGCUGAGCUCAGGAUAUGAAGAUAGUGUGUGUUAAUAGCGCGAUAAGGGCCGCUGGGUUAUCGGAAAAUGUUUCAUAGUAACUGCGUAUGAUCUAGGGUUCGAUAGGUCCCUUUAUUGUAUGGUAGCAGGCUUAAAGUACAAUACACAAGCGGGCGAUAUAAAAUUAAUAUGCAGACUGUUUUAGAAAAACUUCUAGAGUAUAAAGUAGAUCAAAAAAUAACACUGAAAGUUCUCAUAGACAUGGGUUCUAAAAUCCUCCCUAACAGAGAAGAUUCUUUUCUGAAAUCGAAAAAAAAUGAUACCUUCUGGAGGCUGAGCAUAUGUACUGCUGUUGAGUACAUAGGGAACUAGGAUCUAGAUGCUCAUUCUCUUACUUGCGCUAAAUCGGUUAGUCGAAUCGUUUGAAUUGACUAAUGAGCGUCAAGCUGUCUGAUCUCACUCUCGAGCCAAACAUAUCCAUAGUAAAGUCGAACUAGGAUACUGGGCGAAAAUAAUGCUGUUGCAAUUAGGAGAGUCAUCCUAUCACCCCAUAGCAUUACUUGAAACUAUUAACGUGUUUUGUCAUUAUGCAGUCUCAUGAAUGGCAUAGAACACCCCAUAUCUUGAUAACGAGGUAUUUCAGGCCAUAUGUUCACAUGGACGUUUUUCGUUAUUUUUGAUGUACUUUCUGCUCUUAAAGUAUUGCCACCUUUUUCUGAAAUAUUCUGUAUAACUAUUGGUCUCCAGGAAAAAAGAUUAAGGGAAUCGGAACAGUUUCCCAUAUUCCCAUAGAAUGUAAGGGUAUUUGCCAUUAUCGUGUCCGUGCUUGUGUAUUAUGUAUCAAGAUCUAUCCUUGUUCAUCGGUCACUUCAAGACUUAAUACUUUUUAAGGUGAAAUUAUGCCCCUUUGUCACUAUGGCAAUUUUGUAGAAGUGCAAAUUAUAGGAACGGUAAGUACCAGGAGAAACUACGGCAUGAUAUUUUGUGUUGUAGAGACGCCCCGAAGCUUGACGCCUGGAGUACCAGCGGUGCUUUGACAGGGUUGCCAUGUUGGGGGAGUUUUCCCCAAAUGUGGGGAUUUUUUUGAGGAUAUAAUGUUCUGAGGGAAAUCACACGUUUCGCGCGUUUAGAUUAAUGAACUUUAAUUUUAGGGACUUCGAAAAAUAGCGAUUCUGUGGGAUUUUUUGUGCUUAUUCUGGCAAAAUCCUGUCCGACCCUUCUGGAAACGCUGUGCUUUGGCAGAUCCCUCAUGAGCAUACUUUCCCAAUAGUCUAUAGUCCGGGCGCUUGAAUCAAUAGGUAUCUGUUUUUUCUCUUUGUUAAAAAGACUUGAUUUUUAUGAAUAAUAAGUAAUAGGAUAGAUUACAGCGGCGUUGCCUGGCAAAGGCAACCCUGCUGAUCUGUUGCAACAAACACGUGAUUUUCAGACUCCUUUUAUUGGUUCAAUCGGAACGGCAACGGCAGAAAGUUAAAGUUCCAUCAAGUUUAGUCGCAGCGUUGCGGAUAAACUCUUGUUUAUAAACAGUUUAACAUCGAUCACAUAAUUCAGGUUCUGCGUUACGGGGACGUUAUGACAGUGCUGCGGAAGGCCAGAGUUUAUGAAUCGAACUUUAACAGCAUGCCGUAUGAUUUGUCAUUUUUUGGAGGAGAGAAUUUAUUUGAAAGACACCGCAUAUCAUCCGCAGACCCAGUGCCCUUCAUAUUUUACCCUUAGGUUAUAUUUCGUGAUUUGGCUGUGCAACAAAUACAGACUGAUAUUUCUUAUUGUGGACAUUUCUUUGUGUAAUUAGUGUGUAAAUAUAUUUUGUAAUGCUCACAGAGGUAGUGUUUUCUCUACCUGCCAUUUUUAGCCAUAGAUAAUUAGCUGUGUCAAACACAUUAAGUAAAAAUAGAUGGACGGAGAUAAAACAAAAAACAAACUAGUGAGAUUGAAUAACGGAUAUAAAAAUUAACAUGAUUUAAUUUUUUUUUUUGAGGUAACAUGAGUCAAAGUAUACCGGAAGUCACACAACACUAAAAUUGACCAUAAAAAAUACUUCACAGAAGUAGCUACUAUUCAAUAUCGUUCCCAAAAAUUAAUUUUAUUUUAUUUCUGAAAGCAGAAAAAUACUUUCCAUUCAAAGGAAAUAUUUUUCUGAUUGAGGGAGCACAAGCAUGUUAAUUCUCGUCUAUCUAUUUUUCUUCGCAUAUAUGCAAACAGUUGAGUAAAUUAUUGAAAAUGGAAUGUAAAUAUUGUAAUUUUUCUUAAUCCUUGUACGUAUUUUUAAAUUAUUCGAAAUAAAAAUUUAACUGAUUUGUAUCGAAAAAUCUUAACUGACGUGUAUAUGUAUUUUUUAAAAAGAACUGAAUGUAACGAUACAAUCGCAAUUGUAAAAAUGUACAAAC